AUGUCAGAGCUGCUGUGGCGCAGCCUCAAUCAAAAGAUGGAAGCUCCUGAAGACAGCGGCGAGAGCCACUUGCGCCCCUUGUCUGUGCGAGAUAACUCGGGGACUUUGGCAAAGAAGAAGGGCUGGGGUGCCUUUUGGACUGCCACAUUGCUGGAAAACAUGGGAACCAUCCUCGUCGGCCUCAUCUACCCUGACUUGGCGGUGGCAUCAUUGAAUGGUGGCAUCGACCCGUGUGCUGGCGUUGGGGCGCAGAGCCUGAAGUGCCAAGAAGCUUUGUCAAAGGCGUCUGCAGCGUUUUCCAUGUUUGGACUGAUCGGCGCCAUUUGCAGCUUUCUUUGCAUACCCAUUGUCGGAACGGCGGCAGAUCACUUCGGCCGCCGACCUUUGCUGAUCUUUUCCUUCUUGUGUUCGAAGGUGCCUACCAUCACACUUCUUUGCGUGGCUUAUGCCAACAUCUCCAUCUAUUUCUUUUUUGCCGCCUUGAUGAUCACUGCCAUGGUGCCCAGCACCAUGCUAUUCUGGUUUUGGAUCAAUGACAUGACGACGCAAGACGAGCGCGUUCGAAUGUUCGGAAGAUUGCAGGCAUUCUCCAAUCUGGAAGGUAUUGUCAUACCCUUUUCUGCUGCGUUCAUGCAUGGCAAGCAUGCCGUCCUCCUCCUAGCCAGCGUUCGUCUCUCAGCGGUGCUCACGGUGAUUUGCUUCGUGCCAGAGUCACGGCCUCCACCUCAAUUGAGGAACAGUUUGUGGGGAGAUGGGCGGCUGGCAUUUUUGAACCGAUGGCAGGGGGUCUCAAAACUGUGUUCUGACCGCUCCUUGAGAACCUUCUUGCCAUUGGCCUUCAUUGCUUCGGGCACUGGAGCAGGCAUCAAUUCUUUGAGCUUCUUGUACUGCAAGGCAAGAUUUGGCUUCCAGAUGCAAAACUUCGCCCCUUUCAUCUCAGUCACAACCCUUAGCAAUGCGAUUGUGAACCUGAUGCUGAUCAAUCCGCUGCAUCGUGUCCUCGGCUUACGUGGUCUCUUUGCCUUCUCCCUCGUAGCAGGCACUUUCAACCUGGUGGCUUUCUCUUUGGCACCCACUCCCAUAUGGUUGAUGCUGGCCUGCAUCACCUCAGGUUUGAGCAACGUGGGCAACCCUGCGAUCCAAGCACUCAUGUCCAACCUAUCAGAGUCGGUACAAGGAAUGACGCCAGGAGUGGCACUUGGAGCUUUACAAGCAGUGCAGUCCUUGGUUUUGAUCCUGAUGCCACCGCUUUUCCAGGGCAUCUUCUCUUUUGCUAUGAGCAGGCAUCCAACACUACUCUUCUUGCCAUUCGCCGUUGGUUCCAUGUUUAAUCUUAUUUGUUUUCUGGCACUUUCUUACAUCCCGAAGAAUUUCUUCCCACGUUCUAAUUCCGAAUAA